CAGCGGCUUCAGCUCACUGUUCUCGCAGCAGAUUACGAAUGCGGAUAUUCGUUGCGCAUUGGUCGCUUGGUUAUCUUGCAGCGGUGCUGGGCUGCCGCGUGCCGCUCGAGAGAUUCGGGCGCUUGUUGUCAUGGAAGGCCGAGCCGUGUUUCGUCUGUCCGCUGGUUUCUUGGCCGCCUAAGGUGUGGUUCUACAAAGUCAGGCUUUAGUCAAGACUUGGAGGUCUACCGCUACUUGACCUAGCUACUUGCGAAGAGGGCAUCGCUUCACACACACCGGAGGAACCAAGAUGGAGCCUCAACAGACUGCCUUAGUAGUUCACGUCGAGGCUCCUGUUAACUCUACUUCUGGAUUCCCGCCUGAUCAUAGCCUCUCUUCUGACCCCGCUUUGGCAGCUCUGUACCGGCCGGAGCUGUGGGUGGAUGUCCUGCCGAAGCUUCAGAAUCAUGAUACACAAUACAACGAAGUGGCCGACCGGUUCGACAGCGGAAGGCAGAUCAAGGCAGAUCAUGCCAAGCAAGCAGCAACCGCCGAAAAGGAGGCCUUUGUCAACAUCCUAAAUGUUUGGGAUGCGGAGCACGACAAGACAAUUGCCAAAUCGGCAGGCCGGACAAGACAAAACCGGUUGUCUAGUAAAGAGACACUGAUUGCCAAGAUCCGUUCGAACAUUUCCCAGGCGCACAGCUGGAACGAUGUCCUCGAUGAGCUGCGCAAGGCCGCUGACGAAUACAACAACCCCAAGGGUAUCGGAACAGUGCGCAAGUGGUUUAGAUCAGCUGCAAACAAAGCGGAGAUAGUUGAGCCUUUCCUAGAACUCAUCCCUAACACUGACUAUGGCUCUGUCGUCUGUGGAGGAUUGAAGUUCAUCAUCCAGGCUUGCGUAGCCGCCAAAAAGUUCCGUGAAGAAGCUUUCGACCUCGUUGAGCAGCUUCCGGAGAAGAUCGGGAUCGUCAGCCAGUACUCGGAGCUGUACAGCACGGAUCCCGAGCUCCAGUUGGCGACCAACGAGCUGUACACCAAUAUCUUGCUGGCUAUUGAAGGGUUCAUCUUCUGGCUGAUGAAAGACCAUACCUUCGAGUGGCUGAGGCCACUGUUCCGCCAAAGCUCCUACGACCCGCUUCAGGGAAAGAUCGCCGAAGUGGGAAAGUCCUCGAGGAAGGUAGAGGAAGUAGUGAAACUCUGCGAUAGCAAAAGGCUCUCCGAGAUUGCCAGUGGCAUAGUCGACAUGAAGUCUGACAUGUCUAGAUUGCUGAACGGGUUUCUGUUUUUUCUGCGGGGUCAGGCCCAGAAUUCCUCCUGGCUUGCCGAAAUUGUUAGGAACUACCAGCGUGCUCAGCAAGAGGAAGUUCCCCAACCGGAGGAAUACAUUUCACAGAAGGAGCUGUUACGGCUUUUGAGGGGUACAGGGGACGCCCUAGAAGAUGGCCGCUCGGAGUCAACCCAGCAAGUCCUACGAGCUGGGUUCUCCAUGACCAGGGAGGACCAGAACAGGUCCAAGUGGCUGAUGUCCAACGAGACAAUCGGGAAAUGGUUCCGUUCAUCGAGCUCAACCACACUACUGGUCAAUGGAAAUAGCAAGCUUGAUCGCAUCACGCCUAUCUCAUUCUUCUGCGCCAUGCUGGUCAGAAGUCUCUCGUCCCUCGACUCAAUCGUGGUUCUCAGCCAUUUCUGCGGUGUAGCAAGCCGUGACAACUCACUCUCGGAGGCGCGGCGGCCGGGGAGCAGCGGACUCCUGCACGACCUCCUGACGCAGCUCGUGCGUCAGUGGAAAUUUGGAAAGCUCACCUGCCUAGACAAGGAACUGGUGGAAAGACUUCAGCGCAGAGCACCGAAAUGGCGUCUGCAAGACGAGAGACGUCUAUUCCGCAAGCUGGUCUCUGCCCUACCAGCGGGCCAGCCGCUUUUCGUUAUCAUCGACGGCAUCAACUGGUUCGAGAUCAGCGAACUCAAGGCCGAGACGAAGAAGAUCGUGGCUGAAAUCAACCAGUUAGUACACAGCGCCGACGUCGUAGCGUUGAUCAAGGUAUUCGUAACUGCUGCAAAUCGCUCUUUUGAGGUCAAGGAGAAUUUUGAAGAGAGUGAGAAGCUCGAAAUGCCGAGCCACAUCUCAGGGGUCAUGUCUGGUUUCGCGGAUUCACAGUUUGACAAGAACUUCGGAGACAAGGUUGCCAAGCUGAAGGAUCUGUCGAGCUACAGCGCAUCGGACAAGGACAAGGAAUAGGGCGCCGGUUUAUACGGAAUCUGGACCUGUUAUCUGCUAGGUUCACGUUCUCCACUGUUGAAACACGAUGGUUAAGCUGAUUGAAUUGGGGGAUGGGCGGCGCCUUGGGGCGGAUCUGUAUCUCGGUGCUUCUAUGGCAAUUUCCGGACAGCGGAAUGUAGAACAUGGGAAAACGGCCUGAGGAUGGCAGCAACGGCACCAGCAGCUCGUCUCGAGUCGAAGUGCUUGUGAGAGGUGGGACAUGGCGAGUGCCAGGAAGUGCCUUCAACCAGGUUAGAUGUAUAGCAAAACGAUCUUGGGUUCGUGGAG